AUGCCGGAAAUUGCCUGUGACAAGGAUCUCCCCAAGCUUCUCGAUACUCCCACCAAGCAAGUCAAAUGGACGGAGAAACUGGUUCUGAAAUAUCUGGGCAGCCCGGUGGACCGUGUUGAUAGGCCUCCUAUGCAGGGAAUGUUCAGUCGGACCCUCUUUUUGACCUUGAAGGACAAGCGUCAGAUAGUGCAGCAGUUUCGAACUGAGCCACUUGAUCUCAAUGUCUUCAAAACAGCCAGAGAUACCCUAGGCUCUGUUGUGCCUGACGUCAUUGCCUUGGAAGAUGAAGAGCUUCUAUCGCAUGGUGUUUGGGCCUAUUCAUUCAAUCUUUUACCAGGCAAAAUGUGGCUCGAAGGAAUUGCUGGUAAAGGGGCUCGGGGUCGCAUCGCCAUCAACAGAUCUCUUGGCCGUGUUCUUUCACGUGGCUACCUCGCCGACCAUAGCGACGAGGCCGUCAAUGGACGUGUUCGAUUGCACAUCAAGGCUAUUCUAGCUUCACCGGAAGAGGAAAUCAAGCCAUACAAGAAUCAGCUUCAAGGACUCUACAACAACCUUGAGCAAUUCAAGGAACUUCCACUAUGGGUUUCUCACUAUGACCUUAACGAAGUGAAUGUUCUUAUCAAUGAGGACUGCAAUAUUACGGGCUUGAUUGACUGGGAGCUAUCUACGCCUCUUCCCUUUGGGGUUUGUUUCGGUCGUAUCCAUACAUAUGCUGGCGAGUACUCCGAGGGGAAGUUUUAUGUCCCCGAUGAAUUUGAAGACGCAGAAAGGGCCUUUUGGGACGCGUUAUUCGACCACAUGCCAAAGGAAAUUUCUCAGAAGCUCAAAAGCAAAAUCAGUCUUGUCCAAGAUGCUGUGAUCCUUGGAACCUUUCUGGAUUGCUUUCCAUUUGAGAAUGGUGAGAUAUUGGUGGGCAAAGUUUCUUCAAGAUCGCUUCCUAAGCUCCUUACAUACCGACUUCCAUUCGUUCGAGGAUAUGAGCCUCCGUACCGAUAA